GAGAAAAACAUCCGGUGCCAGCGGGCCGCUGCUCUUCCAUAGAGAGAUAGCUCCCUUAUCUUCAAAGCUAACUCUGGGAAACCCCCGAUCAACAACAGCAAAGCAGGAGAAAGGAAAGGAGAAAACAAAAUGCUUGCGAAACAAAUCCCACCGUAUUUAUCCAGAUCCAAAUCUCCAAUACUCCGUCUUAUACUCUCUCUCCUCGCCCUCUCUAUUCUCAUCCUCCUUUUCUCCUCUUCGACCUCCCACCGUUACCUAGACAAUGAUCUCCCCUUCUCUAACCCGAAGAUGAGACCCGAGACAUCGUUCGUGUUCUCAAUCGAGCUGUUCCUUACUCAGAAAGCCGCGAAGCCUCCUCCUUCUUCUUCAAGUCGUGAUGAUACAGUGCAUACUCUGAGAGAGGAGGACGUGAGUAGGCUUGAAGAUCGGAAAUACGAGAAAGAGAAUGAGUGGAUGCACGGAGAUCGUUACUACCCUCUAAGCAUGCCGGUUAGGGUUUACGUGUACGAGAUGCCUAGCAAGUUCACGUACGAUCUGCUUUGGUUGUUUAGGAAUACUUAUAAGGAGACGUCUAAUCUCACCUCCAAUGGCAGCCCCGUGCAUCGGUUGAUUGAACAGCAUUCUAUUGACUAUUGGCUUUGGGCGGAUCUGAUUGCCCCUGAGUCAGAACGCCUUUUGAAAAAUGUGGUGAGAGUCCAUCAGCAGGAGGAGGCAGACUUAUUCUAUGUUCCUUUCUUCACAACAAUCAGCUUUUUCUUAUUGGAGAAGCAACGAUGCAAGACUCUUUAUAGGGAAGCACUAAAGUGGGUGACAGAUCAGCCUGCCUGGAAGCGAUCUGAGGGAAGGGAUCACAUAUUUCCUAUUCACCAUCCAUGGUCCUUCAAGUCUGUUCGAAGAUAUGUGAAAAAUGCAAUUUGGCUUUUACCAGAUAUGGAUUCCACAGGAAACUGGUACAAGCCAGGACAAGUUUCUCUGGAGAAAGACCUUAUUCUACCUUAUGUUCCCAAUCUGGAUAUAUGUGAUGCCAAAUGCUUAUCAGACACUGAAUCAAAGAGAACUACCCUGCUUUUCUUUCGUGGGCGGCUUAAAAGAAAUGCUGGAGGAAAAAUACGUGCUAAACUUGUAGCAGAGCUUAGUGGUGCUAAUGGUGUAGCCAUCGAGGAGGGAACAGCUGGAGAGGGAGGGAAAGCAGCAGCUCAGAAUGGUAUGCGCAGGUCUAUCUUCUGUCUAAGUCCAGCUGGUGACACUCCAUCGUCUGCCAGGUUGUUUGAUGCUAUUGUCAGUGGAUGUAUCCCUGUUAUUGUUAGUGAUGAGUUGGAGCUUCCUUUUGAAGGAAUACUUGAUUAUAGGAAGAUAGCUUUAUUUGUUUCUUCCAGUGAUGCUGUACAACCAGGUUGGCUUUUAACAUUUUUAAAAGGCAUUAGCAUUUCUCAAAUCAGAGAAAUGAGGAGGAACCUUGCACAGUACUCAAGGCAUUUCAUAUACUCAAGUCCAGCACAACCCUUGGGGCCAGAAGACUUGGUUUGGAGAAUGAUGGCUGGCAAGUUGGUCAACGUCAAGCUUCACACUCGGAGAUCACAGCGUCUGGUGAAAGAAUCUAGAAGCAUAUGUACCUGUGAUUGCAAGCGGGCUAACUCUACAGGUCCCAGUCCCUUGUCCUGAUUUAUUUAACUAUAACUUUUGAGACUAUUCUUUCACGUCUUGAUAUAAAGCUGGUGCAUAAACUGUAAUGUUCAUGACUAGGUUUAAUUCUUAUUUUCUGGCUCUUAUGAAUUUUGGAUUCUGCAUUUAAUGUGACUGGUGGCAUUUUUAUCACUUUAUCAUUUGUGAGUUCCUUGGUUAACAUGAAAGAGGUCCAAAUGUUCCCCAAAAAGGAAUUAGACAAGGGGAGGGAAAGGAGCAACAGUCCCCCAAAGCGUUAAUGGUUAGAUUUUUAGUUUUGAGUUUUCAUGUAAAUAAGGUUCAAUGUUUGCA